AUGGCCGCGCGCGGGGCCUCUACGGCAGAUGCAAUACAGCUGGAUGAAGAUGAGGUGACGGAAUCCGAUGGUUCAAACAAAGCCUGUGACGAGACGGAGAGACACGGCAUCAAACGAAGACACGCGGACAGAGUCGGUGCCGAGAAGGGCGUUCCAGACGAGGAGGUGGAGGUGAAGGUGGAGUGGACAGACUCGUCUGAUGGAGCAUACGGGCGUCUGGCGAAGCGCAAACGGAGUGUGACAAGACGCGGCAGUGGCAGAGGACGGGGAGGAGGCAGAAGCAAGAAGACGGCAGCAGGCAGCAGCAGACGGUCAGCUGAGAGAGGAGGUCGACGAAGCUCUGGCCGAAGCGGUCGAACUGGGCGGUACUUGUCGAAUGCUAACGACGAUAGCGACAGUUCCGGUGCAGCAACUGCGAAUGAGGAGGGCAACGACAACGUGCCGGACUACAUUGUACAGCGACGCCACGAGUUCGAGGAGAGGCAGGCGGUGCUGAAAGAGGCGGGCCUGCGGCUUCCACCCGACUACACAGACGUGUAUUUUUCGGACGACGAGCGGGCGAUACGGCGGGUGACGGGGCGGACACGGGGACCUCUGCAGAAGCGGCCACAGUUCGACAGUUCGGUGCGGCCAUCACGCGAGUGCAAGGACGUGCAGCUGCAGUAUUCGGGCGGAGUGAUCCCGGGAUGCAUAGCACAGUACCUGCGAGACUACCAGAUAGAGGGGGUGCAGUUCCUGCACCGGCAGUUUGUGUACCAGCGAGGCGGAAUCCUGGGCGACGACAUGGGGCUGGGCAAGACGGUGCAGGUGGCGGCCUUUCUGACGGCAGCGUUUGGGAAGACGGGCGAUGAGCGGGACGACAAGCGGAUGCGCAAGAUGCGGCGAGCAGCAGGGGAUGAGGCGGGCAGCAACGGGCGAUGGUACCCGGUCGUUCUGGUGGUGUGUCCGGGGUCUCUGAUCCAGAACUGGCGCAACGAGCUGCAGCGAUGGGGCUGGUGGCACGUGGACGUGUACCACGGAGCGGGCAAGGAGGAUGUGCUGCAGGCGGCGCGAGCAGGACGGUUGGAGAUCAUGGUGACGACAUACGCAACGUACAAGAACCAUCGGGAGCGGAUCAACACAGUGGCGUGGGACGCGGUGGUGGCAGACGAAUGUCACGUGUUGAAGGAGCGAGACUCAGGGACGACGCGGGCAAUGAAUGAGGUUAACGCGCUGUGCCGGAUCGGGCUGACGGGCACAGCAAUCCAGAACCGGUACGCGGAGCUGUGGACGCUGCUGGACUGGACGAACCCAGGGCGAUUUGGAAGCCUGGCUGAAUGGAAUCAGACGAUUAGCCGACCUCUGACGAUUGGGCAGUCGCACGACGCGACGCUCUACCAGCUCAGCUUGGCACGACGCACGGCCAAGAAGCUGGUACAGAACCUGCUGCCGGACGUCUUUUUGCGGCGCAUGAAGUCGCUGAUCGCGGACCAGCUGCCGCGCAAGACGGACCGCGUCGUGUUCUGUCCGCUGACAGAGCGCCAGGCAGCCGCAUACGAGCGCCUGGUCGACAGCCCGGACGUGACCUUUCUACGGACCGUCUCGGACCCGUGUGACUGCGACUCCGGGGCCAAGCGAGGCUGGUGCUGCUACCGCACGAUUCCAGGGCCUCACGGCCGGCCAGUCAACUGGGCCAGCCUGGUCUUCCCGGCGAUCCAGAGCCUGCAGAAGCUGGCGAGUCACCUGAUGCUACUGGUGCCGGGGACACACGCCAACACGGACGAGACGGCCGACCGGGCGGCCGAUCGACACGAACGGCAGAUGCGGCUGCUGCAGACAUGCGAGCCAGACGGCUGGGCGUCGCUGUAUCGCCACCGCGACUCGAUGGUGCACCUGGCCGACCCCGAGCUCUGCGGCAAGUGGAAGGUGCUGCGCAAGCUGCUGCGGUUCUGGCACGACAGUGGCGACAAGGUGCUGGUGUUCUCGCACACGGUGCGGCUGCUGCAGAUGCUGCAGCACCUCUUCCACAGCACCAGCUACAGCGUCAGCUAUCUGGACGGCUCGCUCAGCUACGAGGAGCGGCAGCGCGUGGUCGACGAUUUCAACACGGAUCCGGCCCAGUUUGUCUUUCUGAUCUCGACGCGAGCCGGCGGCGUCGGGCUCAACAUCACGUCGGCCAACAAGGUCGUCAUCGUCGACCCGCACUGGAACCCGGCCUACGACCUGCAGGCGCAAGACCGGGCCUAUCGCAUUGGCCAGGUGCGCGACGUCGACGUGUUCCGGCUGGUGUCGGCCGGCACCAUCGAGGAGAUCGUGUACGCGCGCCAGAUCUACAAGCAGCAGCAGGCCAACAUCGGCUACAGCGCCUCAACUGAGCGGCGCUACUUCCGUGGCGUCCAGCAGGACAGCGCGCGCAAGGGCGAGAUCUUUGGUCUCGGCAACCUGCUGGCCUUUCACGGUGACCAGGUCGUGCUGCGCGACAUUGUCAACAAGACGAACAUUGCCGAAGCCAAGGCGGGCGUGCAGCUGACCAGCAUCGACAUGGAGCAGGUCGUCGCGGACGAGGACAUUCAGGUGCUGGUGAAGCUGGAGGGGGAUGGAGGGAGUGGAGGGGGUGACGACAAGGACAGCCGGUCUAGACAGCCGAAGAGCGAUGCCGUCCAGGCGAUUCUGGCCAGCGCCGGCGUCGAGUACACGCACGACAACGCGGAGGUGGUGGGCAGCAGCCGCGUCGAGGCGCAGCUGUCGCGACGAGCCGAGCUCGUGUUGGGCGAGGAAGAGGAGGAAAUCGACGAAAACGUCGAAGACGAACAAGACGAGGAUCGGUCACGUGCACAUGACCGGCGACAUGCAGACGAUUUGCUGCUGGCCGAUACGAGCGCCGCGUUUGUCAGUGCUGGCGACGACGGCACUGACGGGGACCCGACUCGCCGAGGACGGCAUGCCCGUUUCCGUCUGUCGUACAACCCGCCGGCCGAUGUGAUGCGGCGGCAGUUUGGCAGCAUGGCGCGCGAGGCCGGCUUUGGCACGGCCACAGAGUUUGCGCUGGUGGUGGAAAGCUGGACGCCCGAGCAGCGGCGACAGUGGCUCGAGGGGUUCUACCGACGGCGGGAGCAGCUGUUGGGGGGGACGGAGGAGGACAAGAGGGCAGAGGAGAAAGAGGAUGCCAAAUGGACCAUCAAGGAAGAGAAAGAGGAUGACAAGAAAACUAUUGUCAAAGAGGAGAAAGAGGAUGUCAAAUGGACCAUCAAGGAAGAGGGAGAAGAUACCAAGAUGGCCAUCGUCAAGAAAGAGGACGCCAAAUGGGCCAUCAAGGAAGGCGAUGAGCCAUUGAUUCACUGCAAGACAGCCCCGACCAAGGAGACUCCGGGCUUAGUCAUCAAGCCAGAGCCGCUGCUGCCCAAGAUCAAGGCCGAAGACGACGACACGGCUACGAACAGCCUCUACAACAUUAUCAGCCUUGUAUCGAGCAGUCCGCCGGCAGCUGCCGAUGACGAUGAUGAUGAGACAGACGAGCUGUGA